UAUCCUAGACCAAGGGCUGAAUUUCAUUUUCCAGCAGUCACAAAAAUAUGAAAUAUUUCCCAUUUCUGUCUCCUUUGUAUCUCCUACCAAUGAAUUCUACACCUAUUUAACAUACUCCGUACUGAUCUUCGCUCAUCAGAAACCCUAGAAUUUAUCGGCGAGGGGUUUCUAUCAUCUCCCUUUUCUCUCUCUUUCUAGGUUUUAGCUUUGACCUUUCCAGAUUCAUUUUCAUCAUGCCCUUUUUUGGUUUUCGCACGAAGAUUCAUUGUUGAGGAUGGAGUUUUCAUUUCUCUUGUAAACCUUUGACGAGGGUUUUGCUUUUGCUAGUUUAAGAGGAAGAUUUUGGGUUUCUGUAAAUUUCGAAUAGGAAAUAAUUAAUUAUAUUUUGUUUUCUGGAUAAUUCUCUGGGUUUUUAGUUCUGUUCAAGAGUUGAAAAUGGACGGAUUUGAGGGUCCGGGUGGUAUUGAAUUCUCCAGCAAUCCUCAAGAUCUCAAACAAGUUGAUUCUAAUUCAUCAGGAAAUGCUUUAUUCGAUGCAUCACAGUAUGCAUUCUUUGGUAAUGAUGUAGUUGAAGAAGUUGAAUUGGGGGGAUUAGAAGACGAAGAGGAUGAUCUACCUCCACCUGGUUUUGAUGAUGUAGAGUAUCAGUUGGAACAAGAAGAGGGUGAAAUGUUAGCAUCAUAUUCUGACGUUGAUGACCUUACCAGCACAUUUUCAAAGCAGUUGAACAAGGUUGUCGGUAGCCCUACAAAGGCAGCAUUUUUUGGUGAUAGAGAAUCCAGAGAAAGUUCAUCUGCCGCUGAUUGUGUUCAAGAGGCAGAUUUUCGUGAUUGGUUUGAUCAACGUGGCUUUGAUGCUGAACGCAAUGAGGAGAGCAAAAGAUGGUUGUCCCAUCCUUACUCUUCUUCUGCUCAUCUGAUUGAAUCGAAGCCUUUGUACAGAGCACUGUCAUACCCUGAGCAAGAACAACAGCUGCAGCACCAACAGCAGCGGCCGCAGCCACGCCAGCACAUCUCUAGUGAAGCGAUCCUUAUCCCGAAGUCUUCUUUCACUUCAUUUCCUCCUCCUGGUGGGCGGCUUCCUCAAGCUUCACCAAACAACCUUCCUAGUACUACAUAUCAUCCUGGUGGACAGCCAAUUCCAGUUUCUUCACCCAACUUUUCUCCGUUUUCUAGCCCUCAGAAUCAGAUGAAUGCCAUGCAUCAUGGAUCACAAUAUGGUGGAGUCUUACCUCAGUUUUCAGGUCAUGGGCAUCAAGUGCAUAAUCGCAUUCAAAAUCAGUGGAUGAACCAAUCUACUUUAAACCCUGGAGAACAUUCUACUCCCCCCAAGAAUUUGAUGCAACAGCAAUUACCCCAUCAAAAUGGCUUGUUGCCCCAACAGGUGCCACAGCAACAAACCCAGCAACUUGGGCUUCCACAUCCAUUCCAGUUACCCUUUGGCACUUCAGGGAUGCAGUCCCAACGAUUCAAUCACCAUCAACCUCCAACAUCUCAGAUGAACAAUUUUGAAAUGUUUGGUUUAGCUGAUUUUAAAGAUCAAAGGACUGAAUCUAUGCUGAGAGGUAGACAGGCUGCAUGGUACUCUCCGCUGGGUUUGGGCAUCCGUAAUCAGAGAAGUGACAAUGGUUGGCCAAAAUUUAAAUCCAAGUACAUGUCAACAGAUGAAAUUGAGAAUAUUCUUCGAAUGCAGCUUGCUGCCACUCAUAGCAACGAUCCCUAUGUAGAUGAUUAUUACCAUCAAGCUUGUUUGGCGAAAAAAUCUGCUGGUGCAAAGUUAAAACAUCAUUUCUGUCCAACUAAUCUGAGAGAUGGCAGCUCCCAAAGUCGUGCUAAUACUGAGACACAUGCAUUUCUCCAGGUUGAUGCACUUGGUAGGGUUUCCUUCUCCUCAAUUCGCAGGCCACGACCACUUCUUGAGGUUGACCCACCAAAUUCAUCUGCCACUAGUAGCAGUGAACAGAAAGUGUCUGAAAAACCCUUGGAACAGGAGCCAAUGCUUGCAGCUAGGGUGACCAUUGAGGAUGGGAUCUGCCUCCUCCUUGAUGUUGAUGAUAUUGACCGCUUCCUACAAUUUAUGCAAACUCAACUCCCAGACGGAGGGGAGCUGUUGAGUAAAAGGAGGCAAAUGCUGUUGGAGUGUCUGGCAUCAUCACUUCAUCUCGUCGAUCCACUUGGCAAAAAUGGUCAGUCAGUGGAUAUAGCACCCAAAGAUGAUCUUGUGUUCUUAAGGAUUAUCUCACUUCCCAAAGGUCGGAAGCUGUUAUCGCGAUAUCUUCAACUUCUAUUUGCUGGCAGUGAACUUAGUAGGGUGGUGUGCAUGGCCAUUUUCCGGAAUCUGAGGUUUUUGUUUGGGGUCCUUCCAGCAGACCACGGAGCUGCUGAGACAAGUAAAAAUUUGGCAAGAACUGUUUCAUUGUGUGUUCGAGAAAUGGAUCUGAGAGUACUUGCUGCCUGCCUUGCAUCUGUGGUUUGUUCAACUGAGCAUCCUCCACUCCGUCCUGUUGGAAGCCCUGCUGGUGAUGGGGCUUCUAUAAUUCUGAAAUCUGUUCUGGAGAGGGCAACAGAACUGUUAAGGGAUCCUCAUGCUGGAGCGAAGUGCGGCAUGCAAAACAGAGCAUUCUGGCAGGCGUCUUUUGAUGCUUUCUUUGGUUUACUUACAAAGUACUGCUUUAAUAAAUAUGACUCCGUCAUGCAAUCUUUCCUAACACAGGCCCCCCAGAACAUGGUGAAUAAUGGGUCUGAUGCAGCCAGAGCUAUUAGCAGGGAAAUGCCAGUUGAACUCUUGCGGGCAAGUCUUCCUCAUACAAGUGAUCAACAGAGAAAACUGCUAUUGGAUUUUACACAACGGUCUAUGCCUUUGCCAAGUACUGGUAGUCAAAGCGGAGGAAAUGGUGGCAUGUGACCAAGGGCCCUUGGUCAAUAGUGUAAUAAAUUUACCCUUUACAUAUUUUGUCAAGAUACAAGAAGAUAAUAAUCUGUGGAGGCUCAGGACUUGGUCUAUGCCCACUCUAUUCUGAACAUGGAAGGUAGUAUUUUUUUUAGAUAUAAAAAUGAUGUACAUGUUGAAGAUUGCACCUUCUUCAGUACUGGUGCUCUGGGAAAAAGUUGUUAAGCUGGUUGGGUAGCCGCAUGUAUUAUGGAGCAUGCCAUAUGUGUUUUUUUUUUUUUUUCUUUUAAAAAAAAUGUCUCCUAGUGGGAGCUUAUUUUGAUGCUCUGUGGUGGUGCUGUCUUUAUUAGUAGUAGUAGAGAUUUAGAAGGGUAUAAAUAUUAGAGUAUCCAAAUGGUGAUGGGAAGAAUUUUUACUACUUUGUGAUGUUGAAUGCUUUGAUACAAGUAAUUGAUGUUUGAUAUAUGUUUGUAGGUUUUGCAGACA